AUGCCGGUGGACGGAAGCGAUCCGACAGAAGGCUCAGCAGACGACAACGAGCCUGUCAGCUACCAAAGUUCAAGACGACCGAAGAUAUCGCGAGCUUGUCUUGCCUGUCGAUCCUCAAAAACAAGGUGUAUCCCUGUGGAAGGUAUAGAGUCUUGUGAAGCCUGUGUCAGGAGAAAUCGACCAUGCCUUAUACCUGGUCCCGCAAAACCACGAGUCAAAACCUCACAGAAAUUCUCCGAGCUCGAGAAGAAGAUUGAAUCCCUCACAACUGCCCUUGCUGCGAGAUCUCAUUCAGGUCAACUAGAAAGUCAUGAUGCCCCAGACACCACAAUUUCCUCAAUGUCGUCCGAGCCCUUGACAAAUGUUUCCAAAUCUCCAGAACACUCCGGCAGGUUUCGAUAUCGGAAUGAUUCUUCGGAGCCGCUUCAGGAUUCGUGCUUAAAAAUUAGCGGCCCUCGAGAGUACGUCGAUGUUAUCGAUCGAGGUCUGAUCGAUAUACCAACGGCCGAGGUCUUAUUCAAUCACUGGGAUCUCUCCAUGCGCCCCAUAUUACCACUUUUGAAUCUUGCAGAUACUCCCCCAGCACGGAUCAGGGAGACGAAACCAACCUUAUUCCUUGCCAUCCUUGCUGUCGCAAGUGCCUCCAUCCUCCCGGCGUUCGAAUCGCCUCUCGUCACGGAAUUGAAUGAGCAACUUGCUCGUCAAAUCCUGAUUCUCGGCAAGAAGUCCAUAGAUCUCAUCCAAGCCAUCCUUUUAUACUCGCAAUACUACAUUCGGCCAUCGGUCUCCAACAACUAUGCGUGUACUCAAUAUAUCUCGGCAGCCAUUACCAUGUCCUGUGACAUGGCCAUUGGCAGAAAGGUCCGAGGAGGGUCCAGGUCAGACAUAGGACGGGUGGAACAAUGGGCGCGAACAUGGUUGGCUGGCUGGUUUGCGGCCUCCACCAAUGCCACUUUGCUUCGACAACAAUACCCAAUGCCUCCAGUACAUGAUUUGGAGUCUUGCCUGAAUGUUUUGUCCUCGGAUACAAAUACGGACCUUUCCGAUCAAUGGUUUUGCAGUCUCAUACAACUUCAAUUGAUAUUGGAGGAUGUCUCGAAUCUUCUGUCAAAUCAGGCGAAAUUGAUGGAAACUUUUGACGAACCGAGCACUCAAUAUAAAAUGCAGAUGUUUCGACGACGUCUGGAUAAUUGGAAAGAGUCUGCCCCCCGAGCGGUAGAUGAGUGCCUUCGGAAAUGUGCAGCACACUUUACAAAUCUAUGUAUCCAUCAUGUCGCCAUUAGAAGCUAUCAUCAAAAGGUAUAUCCACCGAGUCAAAAGCAGAAUACAUCCCGGCCCUCCGACAAUGAAGUUACGUUAUCUACGCCACACUUUGAAUCACUCUGCAUUAGUAUGGAAGCUGCCCAAGGAGUACUGAAUGCAUAUCUCUCAAUCGAGGAUACACGUGCUCGGUUAUUGCCCAAUAUGUACCUCUUGUGGACUCUAUAUGCAGCAGUCAGUCUCAUCAAGCUCAGUCACUUUGCAGGACACAUCCUAUCGCAGAACACUGCGGUGCCAGCCAAUGAAUCAGGUGAGACAUCGGUUCUACAGUAUCUCGAUGCAAUGAUCAACAAGACCAGCAAAAUUUCAACGAAUGGAUAUCUCCCACAAGCAAAACCGUGUGGAAUAGCAUUUAUAAAGCUAAAAACGUGGUAUGUACACAAACUCGAUGUCUGUAUAAACUCCGAUGGAGUUUGUGAUGUGACUCGAGGACCGGUGUACAGCGUCUUUGGAAAUGGUCCAGAACCAACAUUACCAGAUUCUGUGACCGUGUCUGAAUCUGAACCAGCUCCGAGUGUUGGCCAGCAAGGAUCAGGGCAACGGCGUGGAAUAUCCAGUGGACAUCCGCCGCACGGGGAGUCCAUUCAGCAACGAGAAAACCGCGGAGCAUUUGUGCCCAACCCCGACUCUGCGCAGAACCCCAUGUCAGAUAUGGAGAAAAUCCAGGGAUUUGACCCACGUAAUAUGGCAGAUGCUGUAUACCACCCAUUGACGUACGCAAACACCGACUGGGACGAUCUAGCUCAUGCGGAGGCAAUGAGAGAGUUUGACACUUUGAUGAUGAUGGACGGUGAUGACUCGUGGAUGAAAACUUUGUUCUGA